AUGACUCUCCAAACUCGCACAAAGUCCCAGUCUGUUAUCCGCGAUGGCAAAUCUCGAAUUCCGAUACCGAAGAGCCCAGGCAGCGACUCCCAAUGCGUCGCUGCCCGCACGCGCCGCAAGAAAUCCGCUGAGAUCGCCGAGACCAAGGCCCGACGAGUCCGCACGGGAUGUCUCACCUGUCGCGAGCGGCAUCUGAAAUGCGAUGAGGCGCUGGGGCGGUGUCUGAACUGUCGAAAGUCGGAUAGGGUAUGUCGACGUGGAGUUCGUCUCAAUUUUAUCGAUAUCCAGACUGUGGCCCCCCCGCAUCUCAUUACCCGCCCUCAUGGCACCAAGGUGACAUUCCGCGACGACUCGCGGUUCAUUGCGUCGGAGUAUGUUGGUGGAUUUGAGAGGUAUCCGCCGCCUCAGCCGGAGAAAUCUAUCGCCGAAGACACUAUACAGACGCCCCAUGAGGCUUUUGAGAUGGAUCCAGAAACUCUGAAUCACCUCUUUCAGUCUGUCGCUCACUCAUUCGAUCCAACGGGGUUCGAGGUCUCACAUUCUGGGCCAGAUCUUAUUGUUGGCGCGGAGCACUGGCCAUCGACCCACUUGACGUCCGGCGAUGAGUUGCUGCCUCACGCUUUAUCUAAAUUCGCACAGAAGCUGUCUAUGAGACAAGUAGUUCAUGCUGCUUUGACGGAUCCCGAGCAAGUGCUUUUCCUGCAGGUGUUCUUCACACACAUCCUGCCAUAUCAUGCUAUCGACGAACCCAUGCUGCGAAACGCCUUUUUUGCAUGCGGGGCCAAGCACCUGGCCCUAGUCAAUGCUUCUUACGAAGAGGAGAAAGCGCAGCAUUUUUACGACUCAGCAACUCGAGAUAUUCUGAACGCCGUUCAUGAUCCAAACCGUGAUUCUGUUCUCUGUGCAACCACAGCUCUGGUUCUUAGCAUCUAUGAAACUAUGUCUUCACGAUCAACGAAUCCGAUGAAUCAUAUCGCAGGCUCGCGGGCUCUGAUCCGGGAAUGUGGCUGGACAGCAAAGACACAGGGCCUUGGCGGAGCGUGUUUCUGGACAAGCGUGUGCAUGGAGCUCCUCAGCUGCCUGCAUCACAAUUGGGCCGUAUCUUGGAAUCCUGAUACUUGGCAUGUCAACAUGGACAUGGACCAUAUGCACCAUCCAGAGCAGGUCUGGCUCCAACGAAUGCUGUAUAUCUGUUCCAAAAUUGCAAACUUCCGACGGUCCGUUCGCCAAUCGCCAGGAGCAGAUGGCCAUGCCAUCCAUACUUCUGGCAUGUUCCAGGAGUGGAGUCUCUACACCAACUGGUGCGAUCAGUGGGCCAAGCUCGUGCCGCGGUCUAUGAUGCCCCUAGGUUACUUGCAACCCUGGCAAAGUAAUUCUAAAUCCGCGUUUCCCACGGUCUGGUAA